AUGGAAAACGAGAGGGCUUGUUUUGUUGCUGAUCAACACAUACCGAAAGCGAAGGUGAUAUUGCGGAUAGGUGAACAAGUCACAUUACUGUUUAGCAACCUUGUAGUCAACAGGAGCCUAAAACAAGGAUCGAAUAUCAUGGACCAUUUGGACUUAGACGAAGAAAAAGCUGAUGUACUGACGGAUUACUCCCAAUAUAUGGAUCGACUCUCCAAGGAAUUAGAAAGUCGAAUAGAACAAGAGGCUAAAGCAUAUUACUGGGCGACGGAUAUACGGAAGAGAGCGUUGAUCGAACUGAAUUAUACGUAUGUCCCAGCACCCACCACAAAACCGGAUGCAGAAAAAUUGACUGCGCUCGGAAAAAUGCAAACAAAAAAUAAGACGGAUGGAUCAAGACAAUCAAGGAACGGAAGUGUACCGCUCUGCGACUCAAGUUCCAUGGUGAACUUUAUCGCAUCGUCAAUGGAGUUCAAAUAGUUUAAAAAUUCCUCUUUUCUAUCUCUUUUUAUAAUCGCAAAAGUGUCAUCCACGUAGCGCCACCAUACUUUCAGGGCACCACGGAAAUUUGGUAAUGCUUUCUUUUCAAACUCUUCCAUGUACAUAUUGGCUAAUACGGGGGAUAUUGGAGAUCCCAUGGCCAGACCCUGUUCUUGAGUGUACAUUCUAGACUGGAAUGUGAAAUAAGUCAUGUCGAGACACAAAGCUAUCCCCUCGACCAGUUGAUCCACUGUCAGCUUUGUUCUGUCUUCUAAGCUGCUGUCCCCUACCAAGCAGUUUUUCGCUAAUCGUAACGCCUCCUCCUUAGGUACAUUCGUGAACAAGGAGGUAACAUCGAAGCUGACCAUCAAUUCAUCUUGUUCGAUGCUCACCCCUCGCACCAUUCCUGCAAACUCAUAAGAGUUCUUUACAAAUGUGUUCGUUCUCCCUGUUAGGGGUUGCAGCAGGCUCGCCAGAUAUCUCGCGAGUUCAUGUGUGGGAGAGCCUAUGCCAUCCACUAUAGGUCGCAAGGGGACAUUGGGCUUGUGUAUCUUUGGGAGACCGUAAAUUCUAGGUGGAAUAGCCGACUUCGGAUAAAUGCUGUACCAUUUGCCCUUACCUAAACUGUCCUUCACGGUCCUUAGGUAACUAGCGACAUCUGAUUUCUUCUUAUUCAUUACCGAUGUAAUGGAUUUCUGCUCAACCUCUUUGUAUGGUCCCGUGGUCAAAUGCUC